GCCAGUGGCGCGCUCUUCACACACAAGCUGUUGUGCUCUAGUGAGUUGUUGAGAGGCGUGUGUGGUUAUCGUGCAAUUUUCGUGAAAACAUGAGUGCCAUCAGAAGACCCAAACAUGCGGAGAAUCCCUCUGAAAACAUCAAGAAAUUCUUUGUAGCACCAACAUCUGGAGCAGAAUCAGGGAGGAGGACGCUGCAGGUCCUUCAGCCGUCUGCUGUCAAUAAGAACCUUGGUCGUAUCAUUGAGAAUGGCAAAGCGGUUCCUAAAAGGAAGAUGUGGAGCACCGAACAGGUGAAGGGCUCGAAGAGGGUCAAAGCAGAGGUGGCUAUAAAAUCCACAAGUCCAGAAAAUGAAAACCAGCCUGAGGGAGUCACGCAAGAGGCCUAUGAGCUCAUGAUCAAAGAAACCCCUGGGUCCUCCUACUGGAAGGAGGUGGCAGAAGAGAGGCGCAAAGCCCUGUUUACUGUUCUCCAAGAGAAUGAAAAGUUGCACAAAGACAUUGAAGCCAAAGAUGAACAGAUUGCUCAGCUGAAGAGCGAAAAUGAAGAGCUACAGGAGCUGGCACAGCACGUACAACACAUGGCUGACAUGAUUGAGAGAUUAACUGGUAAAAGUCCAGACAGUCUAGAGGAGCUGCGUGAGAUAGCCUUUGACGCUGAGGAUGAGGAAGAAGAGGAAGAUGAAAAUCAGGAGGAACAACAUGGAGAUGAAAGUGAAGAUGAGAGCCAGGACAAUCUUGAACUUGGCACAGAACGGUCACAUGACCUUGAUGUGCCAUGUAAGGAUGACUCCACAACGGAUGAAAGCUGAAAUGAUGUCUUAUGAAAAAUACUGAACUGAAAAGAACCAUUAUGGACCAGUUGUUUGGUUUUAUUUGAAUGUUUAACUUUGCCUUCGAUGCACCUUUUUAUUUUAAUACUUUUACCCUUGCUGUAAAUGAGCUUUUAUUUUCAGUACCUGUAGUUAAUGUGCAUGUUCACUGCCAGUGUACAUAUGUAAAAUUGAAUGCAUACAACGGAAAUAAACUCAUAUUUUGUACA